GGGAGAACGAGGGAGAGAGAGAGAGAGACAGAGAGGAAGGAGAGGAGAGAGGGGAGAGAGAAGAGAAGGAGAGAGAGAGAGAGAGAGAGAAGAAGAAGAAAAAGAAAAAGAAGAAAGAAAGAGAAAAAGAAAGAAAAAGAAGGACGAAGGAGAGCAAUAGCAAUAGGGAGUAGUAGCAGUAGCAGCAGUAGCAGUAGCAGUAGCAAUAGCAGUAGUAGUAGUAGUCCUGUACCGCUAAGUUCACUAACUACGGACUCUAUAGUCUUACCCUGCACCGCUAACUUCAACCGCUACCGCUACCUGACGACCAUAGCCUACUUGACCGACACCAUAGGCAGCCAAAGGGCCGUCGUUUACAACCUAGUUUGUACUGAUGCUUCAAACUAUCAGUGA